GGGUUUCGGAGGAGGGGGCAGGAGAGGAGGAGCCAGAGGAGGUGUCUGCUGCAAGUUCCUGGCUGCUUCUGAGCUCACCCCAUCCUCCGAGAGGGAGGAGGCCAAGUGGUGAUGCUGCUGCUUCUGCCGCUUCGACUGCCGAUACUCCGGUGAGGGCUGGGAGGGUGGUUCCUGUUAGCACCGUCGCCAACCAGAGAGGGAGGGGAAGAAAUCCCGGCAGCCGCUGCUGAUGUUGGCUUCGGAGGCUGCAUCCGACUCGGUCUCAAGGAAAAUGGAUUCAGUUUGCAUCUCUCCUUCCUUUCAACAGCUUCUCCGGAUCUCAGCAUGGACUUAAUUGCAACAUGCAGAAUUGUCAACCUUUGUUGCGGGAUGCUAACUCUUCAUUGUGGGCUUCCAGAGCAGUGGCUGAGGAGACCUUCCCGAGGGGCAGCACGCAGUAGCUGCUGAGCCGUCGCACCCAGGAGAAGCCGCAGGAACAUGGCAGCCCCUGCUUGAGAGGAAUUCAACACCAACAGACUCCAUUCAGAAAGGAAUAAUGUCCAAGAAAGGGCGAAAUAAGGGCGAGAAGCCCGAGGCGCUCAUUGUCGCCCUUCAAGCUGCCAACGAAGACCUCAGGACCAAGCUCACAGACAUCCAGAUAGAGCUGCACCAGGAGAAGUCCAAGGUAUCUAAACUCGAGCGAGAGAAGACUCAAGAAGCCAAGCGGAUCCGCGAGCUGGAGCAGCGGAAGCACACGGUCCUGGUGACGGAGCUCAAAACCAAGCUCCACGAGGAGAAGAUGAAGGAGCUGCAGGCCGUGCGGGAGAACCUCAUCAAGCAGCACGAGCAGGAGAUGGCCCGGACAGUGAAGGUGCGGGACGGCGAGAUCCAGAGGCUCAAGUCGGCGCUGUGCGCGCUGCGGGACGGCAGCAGCGACAAAGUAAGGACAGCGCUCACCAUCGAGGCCCGCGAGGAGGCCCGGAAACUGUUCGACGCCGAGCGCCUUAAGCUCUUACAGGAGAUUGCGGACCUGAAAACGGCCAAGAAGCAGGUGGACGAGGCGCUGAGCAACAUGAUCCAAGCGGAUAAAAUCAAGGCUGGGGACCUCAGGAGUGAGCAUCAGUCCCACCAGGAAGCCAUCUCCAAGAUCAAGUGGGAGUCGGAGCGGGAUAUUCGGAGGCUGAUGGAUGAGAUCAAAGCCAAGGACAGGAUCAUCUUUUCUCUGGAAAAGGAACUGGAGACCCAAACAGGCUAUGUACAGAAGCUCCAGCUCCAGAAGGAGGCUUUGGAUGAACAGCUCUUUCUGGUCAAGGAGGCUGAAUGUAACAUGAGCAGUCCAAAACGAGAAAUCCCAGGAAGGGCAGGAGACGGCUCUGAACACUGCAGCAGUCCAGAUUUGCGAAGAAAUCAAAAGAGAAUAGCUGAGUUGAACGCCACGAUAAGAAAAUUAGAAGACAGGAAUACCUUGCUUGGAGAUGAACGAAAUGAAUUGUUAAAGCGUGUGCGGGAAGCUGAGAAACAAUGUAAACCUCUUCUGGAAAGGAACAAGUGCCUCGCCAAGAGAAAUGAUGAACUGAUGGUGUCUUUGCAGCGCAUGGAAGAUAAACUAAAAGCCGUUACGAAGGAAAAUUCAGAAAUGAGAGAAAAAAUCACAUCCCAUCCACCCUUGAAGAAAUUAAAAUCUCUAAAUGACCUCGAUCAAGCUAAUGAAGAACAAGAGACAGAGUUUCUAAAACUUCAGGUCAUUGAGCAACAGAACAUUAUUGAUGAGCUCACAAGGGACCGGGAAAAGCUCAUUCGUAGAAGAAAGCAUAGAAGAAGUUCCAAACCAAUCAAGAGGCCUGUUUUGGACCCAUUUAUUGGCUAUGAUGAGGACUCCAUGGAUUCAGAAACAUCAUCCAUGGCCUCAUUUAGAACAGACCGAACACCAGCUACUCCUGAUGAUGACUUGGAUGAGAGUUUGGCAGCUGAAGAAUCUGAGCUAAGAUUCCGGCAAUUAACAAAAGAAUACCAGGCUCUCCAAAGAGCAUAUGCCCUCCUGCAGGAGCAGACUGGAGGCAUCAUUGAUGCUGAAAGAGAAGCCAAGGCUCAAGAACAACUCCAGGCCGAGGUGCUAAGGUAUAAAGCCAAAAUAGAAGAUCUGGAAGCGACUCUGGCUCAGAAAGGGCAGGAUUCACACUGGGUAGAAGAUAAACAACUUUUCAUUAAGAGAAACCAGGAGCUUUUAGAAAAGAUAGAAAAACAAGAGGCAGAAAAUCACCGGCUCCAACAGGAACUACAGGAUGCCAGAGACCAGAAUGAGCUGCUGGAGUUUCGAAACCUAGAACUAGAAGAAAGAGAGAGACGAUCCCCUCCAUUUAAUCUGCAAAUUCACCCAUUCUCAGAUGGUGUGAGUGCUCUCCAGAUCUACUGUAUGAAAGAAGGUGUCAAGGAUGUGAAUAUCCCUGAUCUCAUAAAGCAGCUUGAUAUCUUAGGUGAUAAUGGGAAUUUAAGAAAUGAAGAGCAAGUGGCUAUAAUUCAGGCCAGCACUGUGCUGUCCCUGGCAGAAAAGUGGAUCCAGCAGAUUGAAGGAGCAGAGGCUGCCCUGCACCAGAAAAUGAUGGAAUUGGAAAGUGACAUGGAACAAUUCUGCAAAAUCAAAGGCUAUCUGGAGGAAGAGCUAGACUACAGGAAACAAGCCCUCGACCAAGCAUAUAUGAGAAUCCAGGAACUAGAAGCAACUUUGUACAAUGCUCUGCAGCAAGAAACUGUUAUUAAAUUUGGUGAAUUAUUAAGUGAAAAGCAGCAGGAGGAGCUGAGGACAGCAGUGGAGAAGUUACGGCGGCAGAUGCUGAGGAAGAGCAGAGAGUAUGACUGUCAGAUUCUCCAGGAGAGGAUGGAGCUCUUACAACAGGCCCACCAGAGAAUUCGUGACUUAGAAGAUAAAACAGACAUCCAGAAAAGACAGAUAAAGGACCUAGAAGAAAAGUUUCUGUUUCUAUUCUUGUUCUUCUCUCUUGCCUUUAUUCUAUGGCCUUGAUGUCAAGGUGCCUCUUACAGAGAAACCGAAAACACGGAUAAGACCGCAGAAAAGCAAAUACUUCUAAACCUUCAAAGAUGGCAGAAAUGUUUACAGCAGUGAAAGGGAGAUCAAAAGCUAAGACCCAUCCUGUAGCCAGGACUACACCUGUGUAUUUUAAAGCCAUUAUUCAAGGUUUCUUACUUGACAGUUCCUACAUGACCCUGUUGAAAAUCUACAAUAUAUGCUGCAUUUAACGAAACAUGUAUAUGUCAAACCAGAAGGAAAGAACUAUAGACAUAUAUUGUGUGAAAGAAACAAUUCAGCAAGGGAAACAGUUUCAGCAGAUCAAGCAAAGAUGUGUCUUGGGCAUGGAACCAAAGUUACAAAGAAACAUUCUACCCCUGCUGUGCAGGGGGGGUCAUUUUAAUGUAACACCACACCCCAUGGAAAUACUAGUCCUGAAAUAAACAUCAUUAAAAAAAAAUCAAAACAGAAAGAUAAGGGGGGUGGGGAUCAAAGCACGAGGAAUACCUAUGAGGAGCUGUUUACAAUAAAAUGUUUGAUUUGAAAAGUCUGGUUUCUUACUACAGGGAUUUGCUUUUCUGUCUUUAUUAUUGUUUAAACCUCAGGAACAGAGACAUCUGCAAUGUGAGUGAGAAGAAAAACAGUGUCCGGUUUUUCUGCAAACAGUGGAGCUUGUGGAAUGCAUUCCACACAUGACAGAUGAGCAGUGGAUCACAGUGACCCCGACUAAACUGGCAACCAAUGUGAAGGAUCCAGGCGAAUGCAACAUAAGAUGCAUAAAAGCAGAUGCUUUCUUGGCCUUCUGUGGUCCUCCAAGAACAACAAACUGAUCUCAUUCUUAUUGAAAAUUAAGAAGAUGAUGCUCUAGAUCACAAGCUCCCUGACUUAGUUCUGUCUAAGAAUGCCACCGACUAUAGGGCCAGAGGCAUCUCUGAAUCUUUCCAUUUCCAAAAUACUGGUCUUCAAAUGGCUGCUUAAAAUUGCCUGCAAAUAACAUGUGAUUUGAUACAAAUAGAGGUGAUAAGUAAACUUCUAUCAACAAAUGAGUUUUCCACAGAGAUGUGACUAUUAAGUGAAAAUAUGAUUAUUUUUAGAAGUAUCCUGAUAUGCUUAGAGCAUUCUGACCUCUUGUCAUUUAGACUGAUAAUUUUUUUUUUCCCAGAGAUAUGACAGCAACAAAGUAGCUCUACUUUUUUAUAUAAAAGUAACAUUGUGUUACUGAUAAGGUCAUUUUCUACCAUAGACAAUUAGAAGACUGGUACUUUUCCUAAGUUAUGUAAUACUGAGUCUUGGAUUCAGCUCUGAGAGCAAAUAAAAGUUCCUGAAAAGCUAAUUUUAGCCUCAUUUACUGUAGAUAACAAACAGCCUCAAUUUUUCAAAUUGUCAAGAUUUUAUUUACAGGGCUAGCAUUCCCAUGCAUUAAGAAUGUGUGUAGGGAGCCAGAAACUCUUUCUAUGAAAUGCUACACAAGUCCUUCCACACGUGGAUUCAGUAUCUUACUCUUCAGUUUUGGCGCUGGCAUUUUUAAAGCCAGAACAGUAACUGAAGAAAGUACAAUUAAAGCUACAAUGCAGGGGUCCCACUUUUUGUUCUUAUUACUGCUGACCCAGGUAUCUUUGGCCCAGUCACUUAACCUCUCUGUGCCUCAGUUUCCUCAUCUGCAAAAUGAGGUUAAAAUGCUUUUUCAUGAGGUUUUUCUUUCUUUCUUUUUUGCAAUUCUGGAACAAGAGGUGCUUAAAGUAGCAUAAAGUGCUUUGUAAUUAUGAUGACUGCUAUAUCUGACUUUCUUGUGGUGUUGAGAAAAAGAGUCCCCUGUGUAAUAAAAUAGUGCUUCAGUUUCUUUCAAUCUAAGCACCGCGGUACUGAACCUUUCCAGUCAAUUACUAGCAAUAAAGAUUGAGUAAUCCAGAACCAGGAGCUCUAAUCACCUAUAGUAAAUAGAUCAUUUUCAUGCUAUUUAACAAGAUAGAAGAAUGUGUCAUUUCAACGAGAAGCAUCUUCUAGCUCCCCUUACUGCAUAUGCAUGCCAAAAUACAGAAGUCCUCCCUCAUCGUAAGAGAGCCAGCCAUGAAAUUAAGGUUUGGAGUGAGCUGAGAGUAUCACAUAAUUAGUCUGAUGGAUAUCCCUUUGAUUUGGGGGGAGGUCUUGUAGAUGUCCUACUGGGGAUGUACAAUAGAACCAUCCUUCUGCUGGAUUCUCUGUUCAACAGGUAGUUUCCAUAUUAAGUAUGAAGAGUACGUUCACUGUGCAAGCAAUGUAAAAAAGGGUGCUACUACAGUUUGUGACCCAACACUUUCAAAUCUCAGAACGUAUGGAAGAGGAUAAAUUACUCUCCCAUAUUUUAGAUGACUUUUCUCUUCCAUUGGCCAUCCCAGGGUGCAUCUGAGUAAAUUCAGACUCCAUCUGCUCCACCAAACCUACUUCCUUCCUCUUCAUCUUGCUUUCCCCACCAAGAAACUUGUAGCUUAAAUUUUAUAUUCAGGCACUGAUUAUGGUUUGGGUGAUCAGAAAUACUUAUUAAAAUAAUGUAGCUUAAUCAGAUACCUUAUCUGCUAUAAAUUGGAUUGUGUCACAUACACAAAGUCAUACAAGAGCAAUCCCCAUGAGUAUGACCAUCUAAGCAGCUUUAGAUAUGUUUAGGGAAAAUGCAAGGGAAAAAAAAGAAUUCUUUCUUUUUGCUUAAGAUCAAGGAGGUUAGUAAAUUUCUCUAAGAUUUUAAGCUAACAGAUGAUAUUUUUACCAUACUUUACUCAUGACCUUCAAAAGUAACAAAUCUUUGAGUAAGGCUAAAUAUUUUGUUAUGCAUUUCCACAAUAAUAAAAACCACCAGCAAAAUUGUACAUGUAUUUUCCAGUCACUUGUAGAUCCAAGGAAAUGGACCAUAUCCAGAUGAAUGCUUCCCUUGCAUGUCAUGAUCAGCAAGAGUAAAAAGUGUCUCAACAAUUGAGAGAUUGACUGUGGUUCUACUUCUUACAGAGAUCAGAUGAUCCCCACUCCAAUCUUCAAUACCUAAUUUCUUCAUCUUAGCUAUCCUGACAUAUUUGGCCAAUGAAUGAGGAACAAUCAGAACAGCAUUCUUCAGGGUUCACUUUACUUAACUUUUCCUAAAGCCUUCAUCUCUUGGAAAAUAAACAACUGAAAAUAUUAAAAAAUAGUUUGAGAUAAAAUGAAAGCCCCAAUUUAGCAUAACUAUUCAGAACAGGAAAAGUUUCACAAGAAAGGAAAAAUAAAUUGAAGACUAUAUUUGACUAUAAAACCAGAAAGCAUCAACAGAUGCUGAAUUGGCUGUCUAAUUUUUUUUUUUUAACACCACCCAAGUUUUGUUUUAGGUAACACUAGAAUUUGCUAAAAUAAGCUACAAAAUCCCUUUUAAUUUAUGUGAUAUAAAUGAAAUUUUUGCCAAUAGUGAAGUUUUAGUGGUAGAAGAAUAAAUCUUGCUUUGUAUUAAAAAAAAA